GCGAGAUGCCAAUGGGGUGAUACAUCGUCGGAAACUUGGACUCCGAGUUGGAUCUCGUUCACUGUUCCUUUAAUGCUGCCAGUUUUGCACGAAAUACGUUUUGCGUUACGUUUCACGCGAGCCUGUUGCUUUUGACGGCGAGAAAAAAUCGCGCCGGCCGAAAAUACUAUCCAUUUUGAUGCAGGUAAGACCGGGUCCGUUCUCCCCCAAUUUGUGCCCCCCUCCCUGUCCUCCCUCGUUCUUGUGCGUUACCUUCGUCGCUCGUAUGUUAUCGCGUGUGCGAAAGAUGUGCGACAACUAUUCGACCUGUGAAAUAAAACAGGGAAUUUCAAAUUUAAUCGCUGUCGGAAGUUUUGGGAUUCACGAGUCGUCCGAAUAAAACGAUCGGAGUAUGAUACCGUUAUCAGUCCGUUAUCACGAAUAUUCUCAUCGUACGUUCUAGUCGAUUAGGAGGAGAUACGGUCGACGAUAUUUACAUUUGACACGCUAGACGAAUGACAUAAAUUGACUUGAAUCGGAAUAAAUAUUGAUAUCAUAAACAUGUCUGAUCACUUUGGGCCAAUUACUUUGAAAUGGGAUCCUAAAAACUUGGAGAUACGGACUAUGUCUGUAGAAAAAACAUUAGAGCCGCUGGUGCUUCAAGUUACUACAUUAGUAAACACAAAAGGUCCCAGCAAGAAAAAAAAAGGAAAAUCAAAGAGGGCCAGCGCGCUUGUCGGAACUGUAGAAAAAGCAACUACUAAUUUUAUCGAAAAAGGUGAAAAGAUUGCCUAUGAAAAUCCAGACAUUACAGCAGAAAUGUUAAGCGCUGUAGAAGAAGUGAGGAAAACAGGUGCAGCGAUGAGCAUUGCUGCUAGGGAAUUUUCCGAGGAUCCAUGUUCGUCAUUGAAACGCGGCAACAUGGUACGUGCCGCAAGGAACUUAUUGUCAGCAGUGACCCGUUUGCUUAUUUUAGCAGACAUGGUGGAUGUUCACUUGCUCUUAAAAUCGUUAUACGUCGUGGAGGAUGAUCUGAAAAAGUUGAAGAACGCUUCCUCGCAAGGCGAAUUAAUCCAGAAUAUCAAAGAAUUUGGCAGAAACGCCGCCGAGUUGAUCCACCAGGCGGCCAAGCGUCAGCACGAGUUGAAGGAUCCACAACUCAGAGACGAUUUGGCAGCUGCUCGAGCCGUCUUGAAGAAACAUUCUACCAUGCUGCUUACUGCAUCGAAGGUAUACGUGCAGCAUCCCGACCUGGCGGCGGCCAAGGCGAAUCGCGAUUAUGUGCUAAAGCAAGUGUGCGAAGCCGUAAAUACGAUAAACGACGUUGCUCAAGGAAAAACUCCGCCCGACAGUCAGCAUCCUUACGAAGGUCCGGGCGAAUUGGCUGCUGCGUUGGAUGACUUUGACGAGAGGAUGGUGAUGUCUCCGCUUGCGUACAAUGAGGUUCGUACGCGGCCGAGCCUCGAGGAAAGAUUGGAAAGUAUUAUCAGUGGAGCUGCAUUGAUGGCAGAUUCAUCGUGCACCAGAGAUGAACGUAGAGAGCGCAUCGUCGCUGAAUGUAAUGCGGUCAGACAGGCACUUCAGGAUCUCCUGAGUGAAUACAUGAACAAUUUACAGCGCGCUCGGGGUGGGAAACGGGUAAAUAUGCGAGAAAUGGGCGUCAAGGAACAAUCUGAAGGUUUAGAGAGAGCAAUAGAUCACAUGUGCAGAAAGACCCGUGAUCUUCGCAGGCAAUUGCGCAAAGCUGUGGUUGAUCACGUGUCGGACAGUUUUCUGGAAACUAGCGCACCGUUACAAGCCCUGUACGAAGCAGCGGAAAAAGGUUGGAUCAAGGAAGUGGAAGAAUAUGCGCUUAUUUUCACGGAACAUGCGAAUAAAUUGGUGGAGGUUGCAAAUCUAGUGUGCAGUAUGUCCAACAACGAAGAUGGCGUAAAAAUGGUGCGUUAUGCUGCGGCGCAAAUAGAAAAUCUAUGUCCACAAGUAAUCAAUGCUGCACGCGUAUGGGCUGCACGAAACACGGAUGUCGCGAAGGACAAUAUGAAGGUAUUCCGCCAGGCAUGGGAAAAUCAGAUGCGCGUAUUGACGGAGGCCGUAGAUGACAUUACCACGAUCGAUGAUUUCCUGGCGGUUUCUGAGAAUCAUAUAUUGGACGAUGUCAACAAGUGUGUCUUAGCGUUACAAGUACGUCCCGGUGACGCUGACACCUUAGACAGACAUGCGGGUGCAAUACUUGGCCGUUCCGCCAGAGUGUGUAACGUCGUGCAAGCCGAAAUGGACAAUUAUGAGCCAUGUAUUUACACUAAGCGAGUUCUUGAAGCAGUGAAGGUUCUCAGAAAACAAGUGAUGCCCAAUUUUGAGCAACGAGUGGAGGAGGCUGUGAAUGCUCUUCGCAGCAAUCCAGCGCAAGAAGUGGACGAGAAUGAUUUCAUCGACGCGUCUAGACUGGUGUACGAUGGAGUUCGUGAGAUCAGGCGAGCUGUGCUGAUGAACAGGGCGGACGAGGACUUGGAUCCUGAAGAUGUGGAACUGGAUGAACAUUACACUUUAGAAACACGUAGCAAGUCUAGCGCUCAGACCGGAGAACAUGGUGUAGAUGAGUAUCCGGAGAUUAGCGGUAUUACGACCGCUCGUGAAGCGAUGAGAAAAAUGCCGGAAGAGGACAAACAGAAGAUCCUGCAACAAGUCGAAUAUUUCAAAAGCGAGAAACUCAAGUUCGAUAAAGAGGUGGCGAAAUGGGAUGAUGCCGGCAAUGACAUUAUCGUUCUCGCUAAGCACAUGUGCAUGAUUAUGAUGGAAAUGACGGACUUUACUCGCGGUCGAGGUCCUUUGAAGACUACCAUGGAUGUCAUAAACGCGGCGAAAAAGAUCUCUGAAGCUGGCACGAAGCUGGACAAACUAACUAGACAGAUUGCUGAUCAAUGCCCGGAGAGUUCUACAAAGAAGGACCUCUUAGCGUAUUUGCAACGCAUAGCACUCUAUUGCCACCAGAUGAAUAUUACGAGCAAAGUGAAAGCAGAUGUGCAGAAUAUAAGUGGCGAGCUGAUCGUCUCUGGCCUAGAUAGUGCAACCUCUCUCAUACAGGCUGCCAAAAAUUUGAUGAACGCUGUUGUGCUUACAGUAAAGGCUUCUUACGUUGCAUCGACAAAAUAUCCACGACAAUCCACGGUAACGUAUUCUCCUAUCGUCAUAUGGAAGAUGAAGGCUCCGGAAAAGAAACCGUUAGUACGUCCCGAGAGACCCGAAGAGGUGAGAGCAAAAGUACGUAAAGGUUCACAAAAGAAGGUACAGAAUCCUAUCCACGCACUUUCAGAAUUUCAAAGUCCUACCGAGAGCGUAUAAGCUCUGCCGAUGUAAGUGAACGAAAAAACAGAAGUAAUGUAUUAAUAUAUAUAUACAUACAUAUAGCAUCACCUUUUAAGAGUUAUGUAAGGCCAAAAUAUUUUAUUUUCGAUGAAGUUUAAAAUGUGAACGAUAUAGAAUGUCUGUCGAUCAUUCCAUGGUACACAUGAAUAUACAAUUUAAGUAUGGUAAUUAUUAGUUUUUAAUCGAGAACAAUAAUCAGUAAUAAAAGCGAAUACAUAAUCCCAAGAAAUAACCAAUGCAAUUUUGAGGAACCGAGCGACUAAAAAAAAUCAGUAGGAAUUAAGAAAGGUUGAGAAAUAUAUACACAAUCAUCAUAUUCAAUCUUACAGUAGAGGCGGACAAAUAUCUAUUCCCGCUCAGUCUCGACAGUCUUUGUCAUAUGUCUCGGACGAACUCGCAAGUGAAUAGAGUGAGGGUGAGAUAAAGACUAUCUUCUAUGAUAGGAACCGAGACCUUUCGGGACUUGGACAGAUCGAGACUUUUGAUUCCCGACGAUUCCUAAAGUUGAGAUGAUCCAGCAUGUUACGUGAAUGCAAUGUGUGAGGAUAGGAAAGAUUCUUCCCUGCUCCCAUUCCAUCUAACAGAGCAUCGAGACUCGAGAUCCUGCUCGCUUCCUGCGAGCUUGUAUUUUCGGUAAUAUUUCCGAUAAUAUGAGUAUCAAGAAUCCAAUCUCGCUGGCGGGAACGAGCGGGAGUAAGAGAUUUGCCCGCUUCUAUCUUACAGGGGCACAAUUAAGUAUAAUAAGGAUUUUGUGUUAUAAAUCAUAUUUAUUUGCGAGUUUGAGUACAAUAUGAUUGUAUUUGAGAGUUUUUACUCCCGUGGAUAAUGAAAAAUCUUUACAUUAUCUAAAUUUUUAUAACUAUAAAAGUGAUACAUAUUUUACUCGUACAACAAAUUACCAGAUCACUUCCUGCAUAUUAAUUUAUUUUUCGACAAUAAAAUAUAU